UUGGUCGUCCAGCUCUUCUAAGCCUCCCUGCCCGCCUCCCCGUUGCUCUGGGUUACCAUCUGAAAACCGGGGGCGGGCGCUGGGGGGAGGUGAAGCCCUGACCUCCCAGAAAGAGCUUUGAGCCUCCAGCAUGGAGGGAAGUCCCCCUUCACUCAGUGUGGAGGUACUGAGCCCCGGGAGGAGAUGCUCCUGCGCAGCCCCACUGAGUCAGCUCAUCACCGCCUGGAGAGCACGGCCUGCCCUCCACCUGGCCAGUCCCUGCGGCCAUCUACUGACUGCUAAGCCUUCGCUCAGCCAACACCCAGUUGGUCAGCCUGGUCACAGUCCAGCAAAAAGAGGGACUGACACUAUAACCCACCAGUGACACCACUCUUCCCGGCUGGAUGAGAUGCUGCCCCCACCCCCUUAGGCCCGAGGGAUCAGGAGCUAUGGGGCCAGGGGCCCUCUCGUCUUUACUGCUGCUGCUCUUGGUGGCAAGUGGAGAUGCUGACAUGAAGGGACAUUUUGAUCCUGCCAAGUGCCGCUAUGCCCUGGGCAUGCAGGACCGGACCAUCCCAGACAGUGACAUCUCUGCUUCCAGCUCCUGGUCAGACUCCACUGCCGCCCGCCACAGCAGGUUGGAGAGCAGUGACGGGGAUGGGGCCUGGUGCCCCGCAGGGUCCGUGUUUCCCAAGGAGGAGGAGUACUUGCAGGUGGAUCUACAACGGCUGCACCUGGUGGCUCUGGUGGGCACCCAGGGACGGCAUGCUGGGGGCCUGGGCAAGGAGUUCUCCCGGAGCUACCGGCUGCGUUACUCCCGGGACGGUCGCCGCUGGAUGGACUGGAAGGACCGCUGGGGUCAGGAGGUGAUCUCAGGCAAUGAGGACCCUGAGGGAGUAGUGCUGAAGGACCUUGGGCCCCCCAUGGUUGCCCGACUGGUUCGCUUCUACCCCCGGGCUGACCGGGUCAUGAGCGUCUGUCUGCGGGUGGAGCUCUAUGGCUGCCUCUGGAGGGAUGGACUCCUGUCUUACACCGCCCCUGUGGGGCAGACAAUGUACUUAUCUGAGGCUGUGUACCUCAACGACUCCACCUAUGAUGGACAUACCAUGGGCGGAUUGCAGUAUGGGGGUCUGGGCCAGCUGGCAGAUGGCGUGGUGGGGCUGGAUGACUUUAGGAAGAGUCAGGAGCUACGGGUCUGGCCAGGCUAUGACUAUGUGGGAUGGAGCAACCACAGCUUCUCCAGUGGCUACGUGGAGAUGGAGUUUGAGUUUGACCGGCUGAGGGCCUUCCAGGCCAUGCAGGUCCACUGUAACAACAUGCACACGCUGGGAGCCCGUCUGCCUGGCGGGGUGGAAUGUCGCUUCCGGCGUGGCCCUGCCAUGGCCUGGGAGGGGGAGCCUAUGCGCCACAACCUGGGGGGCAACCUGGGGGACCCCAGAGCCCGGGCUGUCUCAGUGCCCCUUGGUGGCCGUGUGGCUCGCUUUCUGCAGUGCCGCUUCCUCUUUGCGGGGCCCUGGUUACUCUUCAGCGAAAUCUCCUUCAUCUCUGAUGUGGUGAACAAUUCCUCUCCGGCACUGGGAGGCACCUUCCCACCAGCCCCCUGGUGGCCGCCUGGCCCACCUCCCACCAACUUCAGCAGCUUGGAGCUGGAGCCCAGGGGCCAGCAGCCCGUGGCCAAGGCUGAGGGGAGCCCGACCGCAAUCCUCAUCGGCUGCCUGGUGGCCAUCAUCCUGCUCCUGCUGCUCAUCAUUGCCCUCAUGCUCUGGCGGCUGCACUGGCGCAGGCUCCUCAGCAAGGCUGAACGGAGGGUGUUGGAAGAGGAGCUGACGGUUCACCUCUCUGUUCCUGGGGACACUAUCCUCAUCAACAACCGCCCAGGUCCUAGAGAGCCACCCCCCUACCAGGAGCCCCGGCCUCGUGGGAAUCCGCCCCACUCCGCUCCCUGUGUCCCCAAUGGCUCUGCGUUGCUGCUCUCCAAUCCAGCCUACCGCCUCCUUCUGGCCACUUACGCCCGUCCCCCUCGAGGCCCGGGCCCCCCCACACCCACCUGGGCCAAACCCACCAACACCCAGGCCUACAGUGGGGACUAUAUGGAGCCUGAGAAGCCAGGCGCCCCGCUUCUGCCCCCACCUCCCCAGAACAGCGUCCCCCAUUAUGCCGAGGCUGACAUUGUUACCCUGCAGGGCGUCACCGGGGGCAACACCUAUGCUGUGCCUGCACUGCCCCCAGGGGCAGUCGGGGAUGGGCCCCCCAGAGUGGAUUUCCCUCGAUCGAGGCUCCGCUUCAAAGAGAAGCUUGGCGAGGGCCAGUUUGGGGAGGUGCACCUGUGUGAGGUCGACAGCCCUCAAGAUCUGGUCAGUCUUGACUGCCCCCUUAAUAUGCGUAAGGGACACCCCUUGCUGGUAGCUGUCAAGAUCUUACGGCCAGAUGCCACCAAGAAUGCCAGGAAUGAUUUCCUGAAAGAGGUGAAGAUCAUGUCGAGGCUCAAGGACCCAAACAUCAUCCGGCUGCUGGGCGUGUGUGUGCAGGACGACCCCCUCUGCAUGAUUACUGACUACAUGGAGAACGGCGACCUCAACCAGUUCCUCAGCGCCCACCAGCUGGAGGACAAGGCAGCUGAGGGGGCCCCUGGGGAUGGGCAGGCUGCACAGGGGCCCACCAUCAGCUACCCAAUGCUGUUGCAUGUGGCAGCCCAGAUCGCCUCCGGCAUGCGCUAUCUGGCCACACUCAACUUUGUACAUCGCGACCUGGCCACGCGGAACUGCCUAGUUGGGGAAAAUUUCACCAUCAAAAUCGCAGACUUUGGCAUGAGCCGGAACCUCUAUGCUGGGGACUAUUACCGUGUGCAGGGCCGGGCAGUGCUGCCCAUCCGCUGGAUGGCCUGGGAGUGCAUCCUCAUGGGGAAGUUCACGACUGCGAGUGAUGUGUGGGCCUUUGGCGUGACCCUGUGGGAGGUGCUGAUGCUCUGCAGGGCCCAGCCCUUUGGGCAGCUCACCGACGAGCAGGUCAUCGAGAACGCGGGGGAGUUCUUCCGGGACCAGGGCCGGCAGGUGUACCUGUCCCGGCCGCCUGCCUGCCCGCAGGGCCUAUAUGAGCUGAUGCUUCGGUGCUGGAGCCGGGAGUCUGAGCAGCGACCACCCUUUUCCCAGCUGCAUCGGUUCCUGGCAGAGGAUGCACUCAACACGGUGUGAAUCACACAUCCAGCUGCCCCUCCCUCAGGGAGCGAUCCAGGGGAAGCCAGUGACACUAAAACAAGAGGACCCAAUGGCACCUCUGCCCUUCCCCUCCCGACAGCCCAUCACCUCUAAUAGAGGCAGUGAGACUGCAGGUGGGCUGGGCCCACCUAGGGAGCUGAUGCCCCUUCUCCCCUUCCUGGACACGCUCUCAUGUCCCCUUCCUGUUCUUCCUUCCCAGAAGCCCCUGUCACCCACCCAGCUGGCCCUGUGGAUGGGAUCCUCUCCAAACUCCUCUAGCCCUCCCUUGGGGAAGGGUGGGGGGAAAUAUAGGAUAGACACUGGACAUGGCCCAUUGGAGCACCUGGGCCCCACUGGACAACACUGAUUCCUGGAGAGGUGGCUGCGCCCCCAGCUUCUCUCUCCCUGUCACACACUGGACCCCACUGGCUGAGAAUCUGGGGGUGAAGAGGACAAGAAGGAGAGGAAAAUGUUCCCUUAUGCCUGCUCCGGGACUUGUUCUCAGCUUGGGCUUCUUCCACCUCCAUCACCUGAAACACUGGACCUGGGGGUAGCCCCGCCCCAGCCCUCAGUCACCCCCACUUCAAGACGUAGCUAGAACUUCUCUAAGCCUGUACGUUUCUGUGGAGUAAAUAUUGGGAUUAGUGGGAAAGAGGGAGCAACAGCCCGUAGCCUUGGGGUUGGACAUCUCUAGUGUAGCUGCCACAUUGAUUUUUCUAUAAUCACUUGGGGUUUGUACAUUUUUGCGGGGAGAGACACAGAUUUUUACACUAAUAUAUGGACCUAGCUUGAGGCAAUUUUAAUCCCCUGCACUAGGCAGGUAAUAAUAAAGGUUGAGUUUUCCACAA